AUGGCCGAGGUCUUCGGCCCGGGGAAGGGGGAGAGCGCCGCCGCGGCAGCCCCCAUGCGGGUCGACGGCGUGGAGCCGAGGGUGUUCCGGGCCUUGCUGCACUUCGUCUACACCGACUCCCUUCCUGAGGUGGACGAGGCCGGCGCCGACAAGGUCGCCAUGGCUCGGGGUCUGCUCGCGGCGGCGGAUAGUUCGUUUUUCAAAACCGGGUGUGACAUCUGCGGCGAUGUGCUGUGCAACCACAUCGACGCGCGCACAGCCAUGGACUUGCUGGAGCUGGCUGACAGCCAUGGCUGCCCCAGGCUCAAGGCGGCGUGCAUCAAGGUCAUCAAGGAUCUGCUCGCCAAGUUGGCUAAGUUUAUUGCUAUUCCAUGUGCUGCUGCUAUUCAUGUUUAG